GCGGUCAUUUUACGAUUCACGGACAGUUGAUUAGCGAUGUUAACAUAGUCUUGUAAGAUUCAGUGCAUUUCAACUGCGCGUAACACACAAAAAGAUAACUUUGACAUCGCAAAUUAUUCUGGAAAUGGCCUAGAAAGGGUUUGAUAAGCUUUUGGAAAUUAAGUGGCCAUAACAUCAUGAUGACGGAGGUUAAUCACAUCCCUCGAGCGUGCUUAAACUAUGCUUAUCUCAUUUUCGGAAAGUCAGCAUUUCGAGAAACGUUGUGCAUACGGGGAAAAGUUAAGAAGGGCAAAUUAAGAUCCCUUUCUGAUAAAACAAGCACAUUUGUACGAGUUUUGCUUCAAAAUGUUACUCUGGAGACAGAAAUUUGUAAGGGAAUUUCUCCAACAUGGGAUCAAGAGUUUGUCUUUGAGACAAACCAGUUGGACCAGUUACUGUGUUUCCAACUAUGGGAGAAGGGAUUCUUCAAAGACAGCUUGCUGGGAAGUGCAUGGAUCCCCUUAAUGCAGAUCCAUCAUUCAAAUGUGGAAGGAAGUGGCGCAUGGAUUCAGAUGAGCAAUGAAUCAGCUAAAGGACUGGUGUCGUCAGGCCACUUGCUGCUUGUGGACACUCGGUUUGAACUACCAUCAGGACUUUCAGAGGAAGAAGCAUUAGCUCUCCAAAAUAAACUGGAUGCCUUUUAUACCAUCAUGAAUCAAGAAAUGGAAGUCCUCAAGGAACAAGCGAGGAAAGUGCAACGAGAAAAGGACAUAAAGAAUUUGAAUGAGGAUUUAGACAGUGCUUACACAAGUGACGCAGCAGUCUAUAACCCUCACUUGGACUCAGACCCAGAAAUGAAUGACCAUUAUUCGGAUGAUGUCAUGGAUGGGCAAAUCAGUGACAGUGAAGCAGACCGAGACAGACUGAUGAUGAGUUAUACUGAACACUUUGAUACCAGUAUCAAAAGCACCUCUGAUGACAUCCGUGAGGAACUGGAGGAAGAAUUUGAAGAAAGCAGCCUGCUUGAAACUUGUGGUUUACCUGAGAGUCAGCAGGGAGAAGAGGAUGAAACUAAAGAGCCUUGCUAUGAACACUUAGAUCAAUCAAGCUGUGACCUUGAGGAGGAAGUUGAAUUCCUUGAUCAUGAUGUGGUUGUUACUGAACGACCAAAAAUUAAUGCUAAGACUGUGGAAAAUAUCCCGGAAGAAGAUGAGGAGGGUGGGAAUGAAGCUCCCAAAAGACACGCAACUCUGAAACGCAAAGGAGGCUUCAAAAAAUCACCAGGAACCACAAGGAGAUGCUCAUGGAAUGAAAAAACUAAAGAAAUUCUUAACUCUGCGAAUUCAGGUUCCAUCUUAAGAAAACGGAGACCUUCUAUUCCCUUUCAACCAAAAGCAAGCCCAAAAACGAUCAGAAAACCCCACAUAAUAAUGUCCCAGAGAGCUCAUUUGAAUGAUGAAGAGCUGAAACUUCAUGUUUACAAGAAGACUCUUCAAGCACUUCUCUAUCCCAUUUCAGACACCAAACCUCACAAAUUUGAGAUCUGGUCGACUCAAGUACCAGCGUAUUGCUAUGAGUGCGAAGGACUGCUCUGGGGUUUAGCCAGACAAGGGCUUAAGUGCAAAGAAUGUGGAGUAAAAUGCCAUGAGAAAUGCAAGGACUUAUUGAAUGCUGAUUGCUUACAACGUGCUGCUGAAAAAUCAGCUAAACAUGGUACAGAUGACAAGACACAAUCUAUUAUUGUUGCCAUGAAGGCAAGAAUGGAAUGUAGAGAGACAGAAAGACCUGAAAUCUUUGAGCAAAUCAGUGAAGUGUUUCGCAUGGAACCCAAAACACAUGCUGGUCACAUGAAAGCUGUCAAGAAUUUGAUCCUAGAUGGAACAUCAAAGUGGUUGGCUAAAAUAUAUAUCACUGUUGUCAGUGCACAAGGACUCAUUGCCAAGGACAAAACGGGUACCAGUGACCCUUAUGUCUCAGUUCAGAUUGGAAGAGCUAAGAGGAGGACAAAGACCAUUCCCCAUGAACUGAAUCCAGAAUGGAAUGAGACAUAUCAAUUUGAGUGUCAUAACUCUUCUGACAGAAUUAAAGUGCGUGUUUGGGACGAGGAUGAUGAUAUCAAGGCGCGUGUGAGAUCAAAGCUGAUCAGAGAACCUGAUGACUUCCUUGGGCAGACAAUUAUUGAAGUUCGAACACUGAGUGGAGAGAUGGAUGUUUGGUAUAAUCUGGAAAAGAGAACAGAUAGAUCUGCUGUGUCUGGUGCAAUACGUCUUAGAAUCAGCAUUGAGAUUGAGGGAGAGGAAAAAGUUGUACCAUAUCAUCAGCAGUACACAUGUCUUCAUGAGAAUAUAUUUCAUUUCUUGUGUGAGAAGAAUAAUGGGCAAGUUCCACUUCCAGUGUCGAGCUCAAGAGAAGAUCCAUGGAAAGAGUUUUUCCUACCACCAGCUCUUGAAAUAGUGAAUGAGUUUGCAAUGCGAUACGGCAUUGAAAGUAUUUACCAGGCAAUGACUCACCUGUCCUGCCUAACGACAAGCUAUAUGUGUCCAGGUGUCCCAGCAGUCAUCAGCAGUCUGCUAGCCAACAUCAAUGCCUUCUUUUCUCACACUACAGCUAAUUCUGCCACAUCCGCUUCACACAGAUUCACUUCCACUAACUUUGGGAGUGAAAAGUUUGUGAAGAUUGUGGAUCACCUCUACAAUACGUUAAGAAUUGACAUUGCAAACUAUCGGACAAACUUUCCAUCGUCAAGUACGGAGAAGUUAGUCGAUUUAAAGUCAUCAGUGGAUCUAUUGACAAGUGUCACCUUUUUCAGAAUGAAGGUACUCAACCAGCGGCCUACUAGGACAGCAGAAAUUGUGCGCGAGUGUGUCAAGAACUGUGUGAAGGGAAGUUAUGCUUAUCUUUAUGCAAACUGCGCUGAGUUGUACGACAGAGAGCUCGCUUCAGAAAGCUCCUCGUUAGAACCAAGUAUGCAGGCUGGACCCAAGAGCUUGGACUUCUGGCCAAAGUUGAUUUCACUGGUGGUGUCUGUGAUUGAAGAGGACAAGUGUACUUACACUCAAGUCUUAAACCAGUUUCCCACUGAGCUUAAUGUCGGCGAAGUCAGUGCACAGGUGUUUUGGGACAUGUUCUGCUCGGACCUACAGGAUAUGUUAAAAGAGCACAGCUUAAAGCAGCAGUCUCGAUGGGGCAGUGCUGAUUAUAUGAACCUUCACUUCAAGGUUAAAUGGUUCUACCAUGAGUAUGUCAGCAUGUGUCCAGAAAACAAAGGCAUAGUUCCAGAGUUUCCCAGCUGGUUUGAGCCUUUUGUGUCUCAGUGGCUGACAGAGAACGAUGAAGUGUCGAUGGAAUUUAUGAUUGGAGCUCUUGAUAGAGACAAAAGAGAUGGAUUUCCUCCGAGUUCUCCUCACACUUUGUUCUCCAAUUCAGUGGUAGAUAUUUUCUGCUCUUUGAAUCAAAGCUUUGAGAUUGUCAGGAAACUUGACUGCCCAGAUCCAGAAAUCCAGACACGCUACGUCAUCAAGUUCACUAUGACUGUGCAGAAUGUGUUGCUUCAGUAUGCUGAAAGGAUAAAUAGAGAGUUCAGCGUGUGGUGUGACCAAGGAAAAACGGCCUGCAUUCUGAUGAACAACAUCCAACAACUACGAGUCCAGUUGGAGAAACUUUACGAAACUAUGGGUGGAGGGGGAAAGCUUUCCCCAGAAUGCAGUGAGGUCUUCAAAGAAUUGCAAGUUAAGCUCAAUCUCACUUUGGAUGAACUUUGUGUUCUAUUUGUUCGAAGCUUCGAUUCCACAAUACAGGAAAGCGUCAAGGGUGUGGGAAACCUGCUAUUCAAGAUCAAAAGUACGGGAAACUUUAACCCAGCUUUGCCAAGUUCUAAAAAUGUUGUCGUUAAUGAUUCCGAAUCAAUUCUUCAACCGCUGCUUGGAAUUCUUGAAGGAAGCUUGGAAAUGUUUUACAAUUCAUGCGAGAAAACAGUACUGAAGAGGGUUCUAAAGGAAUUGUGGAAGCUUGUUAUGGUAAACAUCGAGAAGAUUAUAGUCUUGCCUCCUCUUCCAGCUAUUACGGAGAUGAGUGGAAUCACCGGCCAGUCUGACUCCAGAAACAUGAGCCUUAAACAAUGUGCCGUGCUGGAAACCGCUCUUCUAAAAAUAAAGGAUUAUUUCAAUGCUUCUGGGAAAGGACUGAAAAAGGCGUUUUUGGACAAGUGCGCUAACAUGCAUUCUCUGAAGUCAGCCUUGUCUUUGUACACCCAGACCACCGAUUCGCUUAUUAAGGAAUUUGUGAAGAGCCAGAACUCCCAAGAGGAUCCAGGAGUUGACGACCCAGUGGGAGAGGUGUCAGUGCAAGUGGACCUCUUCACCCACCCUGGGACAGGAGAUCACAAGGUUACUGUCAAAGUUGUCGCUGCCAAAGACCUCAGGUGGCAGUCACCUGGAAUGUUCCGUCCGUUUGUGGAAGUGAACAUUGUUGGUCCCAGUCUCAAUGGAAAGAAACGGAAGAAUUCCACCAGGUCGAAAAACAACAACUGGUCUCCGUUAUACAACGAAACAUUUUUCUUUCACUUGGGCAAUGAAGAUGAGUUGGAUUCGUAUGAGCUUCAGAUAUGUGCCAAGGACUACUGCUUUGCUCGGACAGACAAUCUUGUAGGUAUGACAGUGCUCCACUUGAGGAACAUUGCUGAAAUGGGAUCAUGUGCCUGCACCCCGGCCCUCGGACGCUAUGUCCAGAUGGAUCCCAAAGGUUGGACCAUUUUAAAGAUUCUGUCACAAAGAAUGAACGAUGAAGUCGCCCGUGAAUUUGUGUUGCUUAAAAAUAACAGAAGAUCAGAGGGUUUUGAUUAAUUGUCAGGAAUUUAUCGCUAAAUUAUAAGAUUACCUAUGCUCGUAUUUAUUUAUCAUAGUUUUGCCGUAAAACGAUGUAGACAAAAUUGAAGCCCAAUGUUAUGAAUUAUUCUGUAAGUUUCAGUUAUGUCUGAUAUUCGGAUGAAUAGAGAAAUUUUGGAACUUACUUAAUAAAUAUAUGCUGGCCAUAAGAAUUUUUUUUACAAUUUAAUAUAUAACAUAACCGACAAAAUAGGACAAAAAUAAACAGUAAAUUGAUUCCUAUUAUUGAAUUUAUUGUUUCAUUCAUUUAAAAGUCAUGAUUUGUCUGAUUGGAUUGCUCCUGUGUGGACGUUAUUUCUGGAAAGCAUGGAAGUUAUGUAAAUAUUUGCGUAGUGCUAACUUAUGAUAAACAUGCUAAGGGAAUUUUUGGCGGAUCUUCAAAUAUUUGAUGGCAUCGUAAUGUCGUAAACUUCCAGUAUUGACAUUGGUUAGGUGGAAUGUAUUUAAAUUGUAACUAGAAUGUAGUUGAGAUUUAGAGAAUUAUCCUAACAUUUCCUCUUAUAUGUGAAGUAUCCUUCAUAUUAAGAUAGUUCUGCAGUACUUAAAGCUGAUUGUAUAAAUUUGGAAAAAGUCUGCACAAAGUUACGAAAAUGACUGUCGAUAGUAAUCUGGGAUAGCGUUGGUUUUGUUUCAUUACGGUCUCUGAUUAGUCGAGAAAUUUCACUAGACCCUCUCAGUCAAUAAUACGUUAAAAUAAUGGCCAAUCAGGAGUUGGUUACUUUUGCUUUUUGAUGGGUGGAGGUUGUGGUAGGGUAGGUGUGAAAUCACGCGAGGGAAUGUUUCCUCUCUCGCAGAUGCUCGCACAAGUUGCGCUUUGGUUUCACACCCCAAAAGUGUUCUCCAUCGUCAAGUUCUGAUUUACAGGAAAUUUUGUUAACGAACUGCAGGUUGGCAAUUUACUGUGUAAGAAACGUCGCCCAUGAAAAUUAUAUAACUAAAUUCAGGAAAAAUGAAUCUUGAAAGUGGUUUUCAUUGUCACUCACGCAACCACACCUUUUAGACGUAUGGCGUGUUUGCACCGCUGCGAUCAAAUAUUCGACUGUACCGACUAAAAUUCGUCCACGAUUUCUGCGUUCGAAUUUUCUUAACAGCCUGUGUACAGCAACCCCCUACCCUCUAAAAGAUAAUCGGAGUUUUAAUCUACUUUUGGUAGGUAGGGGGGCGUUUUUAUACAGACUAAUUUUGAGUGGCUAGGUGUAUAAAUUUACGAACGGUUAGCAAAGUACCGCAUGAGCAGAAUAUCCAAACGCAAGAACCUUGAACCAGAAGGAAAUUAAUAUAGUGUUGUUGUAACUCAGCUUAAAGAAUUUCCUGGUGCAAUUAUAGAAGUACAUCAGUUUAAAGACAUUAAGGGAGAUAUAUAUCGUAGUUAGUACCGUAAGGCUUAGACACAGGAUAAAAUAAUGAUUGUCCAAUGAAGUGGACAUUUACUAUCUAGAAAAAUUAUUAUGCUCCAACUUUGUGUUUUAAAAUUCAUUAAUUUUCGAUAUAAGUAACUUCUGUGAGUUAAUUAUUUCGGGUUGGAUACGUUUUCCAGUUGUACAGAAGGGCGUUAUUUUUGAUAGUGGAGAAUUGAAUAAAAGAAAGUUGACGUA